AUGUCGUCAGGUUCUCCAGCUGCAUCGAAUCCCUCAUUUUCGAUGUCGGCGUAUAUGGUGCCCUCCGCGCAAAACACCUACGAGUCCGACGACGAGAUCGCGUCUCUUCCAUCGGAAUCAACCACCGCCUCAGAUCUUGAAACACUCUCAGAUGACUACUCAGAUGCGGAGGCAGAAUGGAGGGAGAGCAUUGAGCAAUUAGAACUGCUUCUGACUAUGGUUCUGGUGCCCUUUAUUGGGAAGUAUCUGGGGCGGAAAUGUGCAUAUUUGGGCUGGACGCGAUUUAUGGAGUGGAAGUACCCCGUGGAAGCGGUUAUCAAAAACCCCGGGCUCUUCAAGGGUGCGGGUGUGGUUGAAGCGGCCGCGACUCUAUGA